AUGCCUGGACAGAAAAGAAAAUACAACGUUCGUUUUCCACCCGGUCGCAUCAAGAAAAUCAUGCAGAAAGAUACGGAGGUGGGCAGAAUGGCCACUGCUGUUCCUGUGAUCAUAUCUAAAGCUCUGGAAAUGUUCUUGAUCUCAUUGCUCACCAAGACCAGUGUCAUCACUCAGUCCAAGAACAGCAGAGUCAUGUCCAUCAACCACAUGAAACAAUGCAUUGAGUCUGAGAAGCUGUUUGACUUCUUGAAGGAGCUUGCGGAACAGGCCUCCGGCUCGUCAACAGAUAAAGAGAGCAAAGCCAAGGGGAACUGUUUGGGGCACAGAAAGAUGUGGCACAACGGGUCCAUCAAAACCAAGUCACCAGAGAAGGAGCAGCUGCCCAAGAGGCACAACACUGAUCCUUCAGACUCCUCUAGCGAGUCUGAGCUUGUCAUCUGCUUGAAGUCACCUUGA